AUGAGCGGGAGCACAAUUCGUUCUGAGAUUCCCUUCGACCACACCUUCGGCCCCAAGGCUCAUAAGGAUCCGGUUCUCGAAUCCACGAGGGAUCCAGUGACGUCUCUCGUGUCGAAGGAAGAUGGAAAACCUUUUGAAGCAAAGACUCCCAAGGAGAUCGCCAUGGUUGCUGCGACGCACAAAUUCUUCCAGACCCUCGCUCGACAUCAGGCAUAUAGAGGUUAUGAUCUGACUUGGACGCCACAAGAGCAUUACGCCGAGCAACAGAGCUUCCUCACGAACCGACAGCUUGUCGGCCGUCUCAAGAACAAGAAACUGCAAAUUUCGGAGAUCAGGGAUCUUUUCUCUAAUCUCAUGGCACUGCAGCUUUUCUUGCGGCAGUGUCAGUGCAGGAGUGCCGUGACGAGGUUGAAUACUAGGACUGUAGUCGCUCUCGAUGGGAUAUUCGCCCUCGCGGAGCUGAUGGAGAAAGCUAUCGGGAAAGGGCCUACGGAUUGGACGGAAUUGAAAACUUGCUUUUCGACCGUGACCUACGAAGAAGUUCCGCACAUGAACUACAUUCCGAGCAUUAGUUGGUUCAAACCCGAAGGUUGUCUAGGCGUUGGAGGUUUUGGAUCGGUGUAUCGAUGCAGAUUCGCCGAUGGAUCGGUGAUUGCUCUGAAGCUCGUUGCCAGAAACCGAAUCAGUAAACUAGACCAUGUGCUCAGCGGGAAAAUCGUGGGUUCUGUGGUUUCAUACCCGUGUAUCCUCUCGACGUAUGCCUUCUUCACAACGGAUCAAUGUCAUGCUUAUGUGACCGAAUUCCUCGAGGGUGUCGAUCUAGCAAAGGUCAUCAAGCAGAGCAAGGGAUUGGACGUGGCUCUGUUGAAAGUCGUUUCAGCGCAAUUAUGUUUGGCAGUGAAUUUUCUCCACGUGCGGGGCGUUAUUCACCGAGAUAUAAAGCCGUCGAAUAUGAUUUUGACGCCUGGGUCUCGUCUGAAGGUGUUCGAUUUCGACACGUGCAAGUUCUGUCUGGGAAAUUUCGACCUCUCGGAAGAUUUCUCUCUCUACAAUAGAAUAUCUUCCCGAGAAUUCAGAGACAAUCGCAUGCCAGGAACAACAGUAUUCACAGCGCCAGAGGUCCUGAGCGGCCGGGCUUACGGUCGCGCGCUCGACUGGUGGUCCGUCGGCAUUUCAAUGAUGCAGAUGUUCACGAACCGCUUCCCUUUCAAAGGGAAAACGAAAUCGAAAAUCCGUCGCGCGAUUUGUAAAUUCAAAUCUCUGGAUUGGCUGCCGGAGGAAAACCCUCCUGCUGAUUUGAAGUCCAUAAUCUCGGGUUUCUUGACAGUCAAGCCAUCGAAACGAUUGGGGUCUCAAGGCCUCAAAAGUAUUCAGAGCGUCGAGUUUUUCGAUUGCUUCGACUGGGAAGGAUGGCGUUCGGGCAAAGCAUCUAUGAAGUGUGAAAUACUCGCGAAACUUCUAGAAGAGAAGGAGAAGCUCUUCAAGGGAAUAGAGGAACGGGCUAAGGAACGGAUAGUCAGGCUCGAGGAUCAAACAAUGAUACAGCCGCAGGAGCCGCUCUUGACGUGGACGAGUCCUUCCUUCAGAGCGUCAUUACAACUGGCUAGUCAAAAACACAGCGAUCCACUCCAGCCCGGCAAUUCACCGAAAUUAGUGAAACCCAUGAAAGACCUAUGGCUGCGAAUCUACAGCAUCCCUUCCUACAGAAGGUUGGAAUGGAAACGACUCGCUCAUGAUGAUCAACGGACCGGCGUCAAAUUGCUCCCAACAUCGGGCAGGGUAUCGCCUGGCCAAAUCGUCAGCGUUUGGGGUCCGGUCGACUCUGCGACGGACACGCUCGCCCAGAUACUCGCCGGGAAGAUCGAAGAUUAUGCCGGCUGCGUGGAAACCUCCCCCGCCGACCUGACUUAUGUCGAAGAUAUCACACAAGCCAACUUCAGCUUCCCAGAGAACGAGACCAUCAGAGAGACGAUCGAAUUUUACUUUAGAACGAUUCUCUACGAGUCCCCGAUCCCGGCAUCGGAGAUCAACAUCGAGGUAGGGAACCUGAUGCGCGAGUUCGGUCUCGAACAGCUGCAGUACAGCUAUUGCAGCACCCUGGACCGCAGUGAGAGGCAGUUGCUCUACGUUAUUUCGAUGCUCCUGAAACCGAGAUCGAUUGUCGUUCUCCAGAACCCGAACCGGCACCUUAGCGGCCUUCAUUGUGUUCUGAUUGCGCAACGUCUACGACUUCUGGCCCGAACUGGUCAUUCUAUCCUGCUGAUGAGCUCGUUUGUCUCGGCGGCAUUCCUGAACAUCAGCGAUCACUUACACCUCAUACACUCGAGCGGGCAGUCGUUCUACGCCGGCUCCUUGAAGGGCCUCGAGAAUUAUCUCCAGGUCCAGGGAGUGGUAGGAAUAGUUCAUCGAUACAGCUAUGAAGAUCUCAUCUACGGCACCUUCUCGCUUGAAGACAAAGACUUCAAGCAGAUCAUGCCCCGCCUCCAGGAUCCGCCUGCAGCAUCUUCGAUGUACUCAGAAGAUCUCUCCGUUCAUGAAUUUCAACCACCAAGAGCCUUCUGGCCGCUCCUCAGUCGAACAUUGAGAAUACUCACCCGUCACGAGCUGCUGCUAAGGACGAAACUUCUGCUCCUCGUGAGUUUCGCAGCCAUGUGCAAACUCGUGCGAGUCCCCGAUCAGUCAAGAGAGAACUCCCGCAUGAUCGUCGACCUCCUCCUGAUCUAUGCAGCCGGCAUCAACUUGCUGUUCUCAACCUUGGAGAGUAGGAAGGUCGACAGAGUGCUCUGUCAGGAUGGGCGAGGACCCCUCAAGGGUGUCUGCACGAGGACUUCCAUCAUUGGCAUUCGACUCCUCAUUCUGGUCGUGUCGGAGUGUUCCCUGAAUUUACUCCUGUGGUUCCUUUUCGCGUCAUGGGUCGGUUUCCCUAGGAUGGAAGACCUGCCGAGCAUGGUCCCGAUGGCCACUAUGUGCUCGCUCUUUUAUGCUUUUGUUGGGAGCAUUAGUGGGCUCUCAGAGACCAGACAGAAGCUCAGUUCUCUGAUCCAUGCAAUGAUCCUUCUAUUCACGCUCUCCGCCAUGGUGAUCUUGAAUCCUACGGAUGAAACUAGAUCGAUCUUCAAAUCAUUCAAUCCGGUGUUCGUGACAAAAGUCAUGAUCCUGAACGCGAGCCCAAACCCCGCGAAAAGAUCUACGGGCAGGUCGGGAGGUAACCGCUCCGAGUUUUGGGGGGACUUCGGGAAGCUCUCCUUGUGUACGCUCUUGAUGCUAGUCAUUUACGUAAUACGCUUCGAAGAGGGCUUGAGAGGCAGACGGAGGCGUCUCCUCAGAUUUUUGUGA